GGGGUGUUGUGUGCCUGUGUGCGAGAUGAGCUGGAGUCAUGAGGCUGGGCUGUUCUGAGUGGUUUUAAUCAGCAACCCGUUAGAGGAGAAUGGAAAACGUCUGACAGGAAUAAGAACUGAGUCAGGCACUGCUUUUUGAAGGGCUGUUUGUCUUUCCUGCUCUUGAGACCUAUGAUUUCUUGCCAGCUGAUGCCAUGGGGAAGCUCAGGCCCAGCAAUGAUGGAGGAGAGAACUUAAAUUAUCUGCGGCAAAACACAACUUUGUCCCUGUUUUUCAUGCUCAUAAAAAGUAACCGCAGGGACUACUCCUGUGAAGUGGAAAUGGGACUAAAUUAGAACGGCGUGGAGGCUAUGGCUUGCAGGCAGAUUCUGUCUUGCCGGAGAUGCUGUCGACUUCGCCCGUUCCUUCUAGUGCUGGUGCUGGCUGCCUAUCUUUUCUACCAGACUUUGACGCCUUUAAGGACAAGAAGACACUUUUCGGCAGUUGGCAGUGGAGUGCUACCAAACAAAGUGGCUGAGGUGCAGCACAGGAGGUACAAGGAGGUUUCUGCAAGACAACCCCAUUGUUUCCUUCCUUCAAGCAAUCUGCAAGCACAGAAGGAGAUUGAGGACUACGUUUUUAAAUACUCUAGAAGCCAGACACAAGCAGUAAUACUGUACAUCCCCUCUUCCGGCAGUAAACAAGAUCUUCAGUUAUAUCGACACAUCCUUUCACAACACAGCUAUAGAGUUACAGUCCUUGAAGACAGGACAUUAAAUGGGCAUGAAAACCCACAUCCAGAUGAAUUAAGCACUUGGGACCUUUUGAUUUGUCUGUCUUCCGGCACAGCUGGCUAUGAACAUUGCUUAAAUGUAGUGGAAUCACAGCAAACAAUGUCAUUGCAGAAGGCAAAUGUCCUCCCCCAAAUACAACACCUGAUUUACAGAACAAAAGGACUAUGCCAGAUAGUGAGGACAUUUCCAGACUUGCAACUUCCACUUGCUCUGCCUGCCUGCCCAGAAUCAAGUGCUCUACUUGACCCUCUGCAAGCUGUGAAAUCACAUGACAAUAAUGGAAGGACAAGUUUUGCCCAAACAUUGUAUCAGCAAACCAAGACUUUGCAGCAACCUCAGACAGUCACUUCAGUAGAUCACAAGGAGCCCUUUAAAAUUCAAGACCUUUCCAUCAUCAUCAAAGCCUAUGUACUGGUAACAUCUUUAACACCUUUGCGGGCGUUCAUUCAUUCAUCUGGGGUUGUCUCAUUUCCACCCAGGAAAAAGCGCUUUGCAGUCAAGUUGCAAACCGUUUUUGAGACCUUCUUGAGAGCCAGCUCCCCUCAGCAGACCUUUGACGACAUGAAAGAGGCAAUAAGCAAACUCUUAUUGGUUACGGAGGUUUUCAGCGAAGCACCUUCAUCUGGACCAAAGCCCUGCCAAUGCAGUUCAUGCUUUCAGAUGCUAACCUUUGACAUUGGGUUCAGCUCUCUGCAUCCAGUUGUUCUUGAAGUCCAUGGACAUUUUGACUUUCAAGCUGAUGAAGAUACAAAUUUUCAGGACCAAAGUUUUAAACGCACUCUUCUUGAAGAUACUUUCAGAAUCCUCUUGUCAAAUCUGUCUUCAUCCUCUACUUUCUUUGAGGCUCUACAGAAUGUGUACCGAUCAGCAGGGAUUAAGGAUGAAUAUCACCAGAAGGAAUCUGAUCAUUGUCUCACUUUAGAAGAAUUAAAUCCACUGAUCAGUUUUGUAAAAGAGCUUCAGAAUCUCGGGCAAUUUGAAUUGCUUUUUCCAUCUGCUGCUCCUAAGGUCAGUUUUUUGCUGCAUGACCUUUAUCGCAUGGUGAAUCCAGAGAGAAGACUUGACUCAAUCCUGAAUGUGCAUUGGCUUCUUUCGAAUUUACUUGAACAGUUGCAAGUCAUUAAUAAAGUCGCUCACACUAAUCUUCCAGGAUGGCGAAACAAGGAUUCCAGAAACGUAUCUCGGAUAAAAGCCAGAUGGUCAAACCUUAGGACAUCUUACUCAGCUAAACAACAUACUAAAGUUAGAGCUUCUACAACUGCAGAAAAACAUGAAGGACUGCAUUUAUUAAAUCAGGCUAAAGAAAUACCCUGCAGUCAUGAUAAAGAUACCCUGCUUCAUGUCAGGCAGAUCUUCACCAGUCCAGAUUUGGGCUUACAUCCUGAAUUUGACCCAAAGAUCAAAGAAUACUACACUGAAGUCCCAUUUGAUGUGGUGACAGUGCAGAUUAGAGCAGAGCCAAUGAACUGCCAAUGUGAAGUUCACCUGGAUGAGAAGAAAGGACCAAGUGCUGCAAAUUACCCUCUUGGACUAGGGAUAAACAGAAUUAAUAUUCUUAUAACAGAUGAAUCGCAAUCACUCCAUGAGAUUUUGAGUAUCUACAAAAUCAUCAUUUAUCGAGAAGACCGCCCCAACAUGCUGUUAUUUGAUGACUUCAUGGUGUGUGGUUUUGUGCAGGAUUGUGGUUCUCUCAUUCAUCCAGAGGAAUCCUGUGGGUUGCAGCCUCUCUCUGCUGAAUACCUGUCAACCAUUUCAAAACCACAGCUGAGAACAUGUGAAAUGGGAGACACAAAAGGACAAUGGAUUGUUCCUUGUCUUAGUUGUUCUGACAACCGAACCUGUGACUGGAGACAAAUAACAUGGCAGCCAGCCAAUUGCCAAUAUCCUAUCCUGAAGAAAACAGAACUCCAACAAUGUGUAAAAAACAAAAAGAUUCUUUUCAUUGGUGAUUCAACUAACAGAGGAAUGAUGUACUACCUGAUAGAACGAGUGAACGACACCCUCCAAGAGUGGCAAAAGGCUCAUGACAUGAAGUUUUAUCAUAAUGUAAACAAUAGGAAAACUUUUAUUAGUUACUCGUAUUACCCUCAGUUUUGGAUCAAUAUAAACCAAAGACCAACAUUUGAAGAAGCACUAGAACUGCUGCUCCUCAGAUCACAACCACUUGAGAACACAGGCCAGACUAUAUUAGUUGUUGGUGGAGUUCAGUGGCUUAAUUUUCAUCACUUGCAUAUUAUUCACAAUGUGCUUAAGCGAGCAAAUCUCUCAAAUAUCCUGGUAGUGAUAAAAUCCCUAGGCAUGGGCUUUCAUUUGCCAGUAGAUGGAGUGCAUUCUUUGUCACCGGCAGAAGUGCAGAAUUUGUGGAAUGAAAAUCAGGCUAUUUUGAACACUGCAAAACAAUAUGGCUAUGAAGUGGUUGACACUUUCAUUAUUACUAUGGGACGGUACAAGGAAUUUUUGCAAGGGAAGUGUGGAUGUCAUUUUCAUGAGGUGGUGAAAUCCAAAACGUCUGAAGGAAACUCUCCCAUGACAAUGACGUUAUCGAGGCCCUAUGCUCUGGGCAAAUACUUCAACAACCAAAGCAACCUAAUGCAACUGCAAGCCUAUCUAUCAAAUCCUCAAUCCCCUUAUCAUGUGAGAGGUCCAAUAAACCAAGUUUAUUCAGAAAUCCUCCUCAGCAGGAUCUGUGCAAAUGACAGGAAGGCUGUUGGAACGUAGCUCCAUUUGGCUGAAAUGUAGAGCUCCAGACUCCCCAUUCUCCAGUGUGGUGAUCCACAGGCCAUACCAGAUUUAUUACACACUUCUAAGUGGCUAAGCAUACCAGCAUAACUCAAGACAUGUGGCAGUUUCCGCAAUGCCUUAUAAAAUCAAGCUGUGUCCCCAUAUAUCUGUGGUUUCGGAACAGGAGACAAGAGAAGCAAGAAAAGAAGCCAGGGGGGAAGUUACUUGAAAUAUUGCCAGACAUUAAUACAGUUGUAAGCUAAGCAAAUGUACAUUAUAUGAUAGGAAAGAAAUGGCUAUAUAUAUACUUGAUAUAUGUUGUAGAUACUGCUCAAGUAUAGGUACAGAUUAUGAUGAUAUAUCAUCAGUAAAGAAAAAUCUCAUUCCAUUUUAAAGAGCUUUAUGACAUCACAAAAUAGCAAUAUAAGAACAUGCACUUGGAAGCAAGCAUCACAUUCUUGUCGAUAGCACCAGAUUUGUACUUCUAACAUUUGCACUUAGGAAAUGACAGCAUCCGAUCCCCCUCCACUUCAGUUAACGUGUUGCUUCCUACCUCUUUGUCCUUUGGUGUUCCUGCAGAGCACUUUGUACUUUUAUUGAACAUAAAUGACAUGCUUCCUAAACUAAGCAAUUCCAUUAUGUCUGCACCCCUACUUGUUUUAUUGGGCAGUAAAAAAAAAAAAAAUGAAAAAGGAGAAAGAACAUCUUGGCACAUUUUGAAUUGUAGAGUUGGUGGUUUGCCUAAAACCACUUAGUGAGUUCAUCAUGAUUAAUAUAUUAUUUGAACUGGGAACUUCAUGGCUCACAUUCUUAGCCACUAUGCUGCAUUGGUUAUUGGUUUUAUUUCUGAAUGUAGCUUCAUAUGCCAUGCCAAGUCACCCCCAAAGGUCAGGAUCAGCAUAGUGGAUGCUAUAGAAGCCCAGAUGCCAUGUGCAGAACUCAUGGAUUGACACUUACGAUUCCAGCCACAAUUUGGCAGCUAUACAGAUUCAGUGUAGAAUUUCUCAUAGAUUUUUUAAAAUCUCCAGCUGGUGGUAGUUCUCCUCUCAACUACCAACAAUCUUACCCAUAAAAAGUGUACAUUUUUCUCAUUUACCUGUGAUGGCCUCAAAAUCUGCACACAUGCCUUCCCCUAGCACAAUCCAUCUGCAUUCUAGAACAGAAUAUGACAUUGUGUUUCUCACUGAAUAGAGAGUUUUAAUGGCUUUACAAAAAAUGAUGUUUAGCUCAGAAAUAAUGCAUGCAUCUACUCCACACAUGAAAGAUGCUGCAGUGCCAAAGAUAUGCUUGAAAUGAAAGCAGACCUGCUUUACAAAACAGUCUUAAAAUCAUCUUUUUAUAUGCCUUUAUAUUUCUGCAUUUUAAUUCUGAUUGUGUUUAAAGUAUGUUUCUCUUGUAUUUUAUUUUGUUUUCCACAUGCUGGAUUUCCUUGGAAUCGAAGCAGAAACUUAAGAGGGUUUCAUGUGUAAAUAUGUUUAUACUGAAAGUAAUGUUAAUGUUGGACUGUUACUAAAAACCAGGAUGAUUUCUGGUCAUGUUUAUUUAGUUCAUGCUGGCAAAUGUGCAAUGUGGUUUCUUCAUAUUCACCAUUAGAUGGUUUUCCUAUGCUGUAGUUCAUUGUGUUUAAUAUUUCUCAGAUGUUGCAAUUUUGAAAGCAACCCUUCGAUGUUAUAUUUUUCUACAUAUAUUUUUAUAUAAAGUUAUCAAUGUCACAUGCAAAUUGAACUAUAUUUGAACUAUAUAUUUGAUAUGAUAUGGACCAGGGAUUUCUAUGGGUAGUAUUUAAUCCAUAGAUAGGUAAUAGUAAGAGUAAACACAGAAAAAUGAAAUAGCUCGUCAAUUUCUAUAGUAAACCAUUCCUUUAGAUAACAUUUUUCGUUAUUUCACAUAAGUUGCUUCUACACUCAUUUCUCUCUCUGGAAUUGCCAUCUUCUGUUCGCUUUCUUUUCAUGGACAACCCAGAUGAUGAUGUCACAUUGAUUCAGUCCAAUGUUUUCUGUGUUGUUCUCAUGUGAUUUUUGAGACCUGAUUUGUAGACUUUUGUUUUUAUUACAAUGAGACACAAUGAACCUAUUCACAUGCUA